GCCACUAUGAAGUACGGCCAGUCAGUUUGCUAACGCGCGUCGAACGAGGCGUAUGUAUCUCCGCGGUGAGAAGGAACUUUACGAAAAAGUGGUGUAUCAACUUUUUAUUGUGCCUUGCUGUGAGCUAGUGUUAACGUGAUUUUGUGCUUACCCGGAUAUUAAAGGACACAGAUAUGUUCCCCGAACCAGUGGUAAAUAACUUCUACGUAUCUUCUAAUAGAAGUCUAUUAGCAGAAUUAAGGACAGGAAUUCGAAAUAAUGGCAACUGAGAAGUGAUAAAAACAAAUAAUGACAACGGGUACGAACCUCCGAACUUGAAAAUGUAUCACUAACAGACCGGCCAUAAUGUAUUGAUCAUGGAAUCACCAGUUAGAAUAUGUUUAGGUGCAGUGUUAGUAGUAAAUUUACUACUUUUAAGCAGCACACAAAUUAGUGGUCACACGCUACCGCAAGAGACUACACCCACGCUUACAGAAGAGAGAAGUUCGAGACGUGCUAAUUCGACGUGGAUUUCCCGAAACAAACCUAAAUUACCCGAUGUAGCUCUCAACGAACUACACCAUAAAGAUACCUCCUCAGAAGAAAAUACAGAGAAAAAUGCUAAGUAUAAAGAUCGAGGAAGGGUUAGGUUUAAUGUACAUAAAUCAACCACCGAAAGUUCCUUAAGACGCGUCAGAUCUUCGACGGAAGCAUCGAAUGUUAUUAUAGUUACUCCGACACCAGAAGUAAAGAAACCUCUUGAGAUUAUUGACAGUAUGCGCAAUUAUAAGAAAACAAAGGUAUCUAGUACUACGGAGGCUAUGAAAACAAAAGCAGAGAGCCAAGAAGAAUUGGAAGAAGACGAUGAAGAUACUGGAUCAUAUGAAAAGUAUACUUCAAGUAAAUUUAGUGAUAAUAGUUUUUUUACUUCUAGCUUUAAUGAUGAUGAAUUUAGUGAUAAAAAUAAGGAUGGGAAAGACAAAAAUCGAGAUUUUAGCAAGUCACCAUUCGACUUUUCUAAUUUUUUUUCAAAACAAUCCUACACCUCAAAUGAUGAGUCCUAUAAAUCUGAUAGCUUCUUUGACUUUGAUAGUGAAUUAACUACGCCUAAAAAUGAUUUCUUUGACAAAAAAUAUCAGGAAAUAUCAUCGAGUAUAUUGAAGAACUUAGAUACAAUAAAAGCGAAACAACCGCCUGCGAAUGGAACAAACAUGCAAAAAAUUGUUAAGGAAAAUAUAGGAUUUGAAAAGUUAAGUAACGCAACACCUCAUAAUACAUCUACAGUUAUCAUUAAAAAUACCAAAGAAAUACGACUUAUGGACAACGAUAAAGCUGGUACGGAUAAUAGUGCACUCUCUGACGUUCACGGUACAAGCAUUUAUUAUGAAAUGUCAGUUUUAUCAACGGAAACGUAUAAUAUUACUCAUACGAAUGACGAUGAUUGUGAUGAAGAUGAAAGCAGCGUUCCAGAAACAACUAAAAGUACGCCAGUAAAAGAUGAAUUAGCUUCAAUUACACCUUCACAAAAACCGAUGGUAGAAAUCCCAACAGAUAUCUCAAAACCCGUAUAUGACAAUGAAAUAGGGUCGACAAUUUCUUCUUACUUUUUCCCCGUGAGCGUAGCACCUACCAUUAGUUCAGCUAAUCCAAUUUCAAGUUCAUAUCAGAACACAGUGUUUUCUAGUGAAAGACCAAUUGUUGUAUCAACCACUAGCAAUCCUCCUAGAAAUCGAAAUUAUUCUAAACGCCUUAACUUAACUGGAACAAAAGAAUUGGGUAACAAUGCUGCCUCUCAAAGUGACCAAGUGUCGCCUAAUCUUGUAAAUAGACCAAAUACUCGUAGAUUCUUCCACACUACACCAAAAUCUAGACCGGUGUGGAUGGCUCCCGGCCGAAAUGUUACGCGAACUUCACCUACUCGAGUACCAUCAACUAUAUACUCUGAACAUUUUGACAUCAAAAAUAGAUAUUCCACUCAAGAUCCUGGUCCUUCGAGAAUAUUGACCACAUUGCCAUCAGAUAUUGAUCCAUUAUUGCAAAGUGAUAUAGGUGGAUCCAAAAGAGUUGUGCAUUCUCAUUCUUUCGUGGAUAACAAGAUUCCUUCAUUAUGGAAACGUGGUUCUACGAAAUUUUUCCCAUCUUCUUCGUCUUCAACAACAACAACAACAACUACAACUACAACAACAUCUGCACCCCAUACAACACUAAUGUCUGAAGAGCAAGCAACAACAGAAGCGAGACGAGACGUUAAUGAUUUCGAAAUACUACCCACCUUGGCCGCCUGGGCACUCGCAGGGUUACGGAGUCCACCAACAAGACCAGCAAUUAAUGUUACAGGUUCAACGAAGAACAUCGAUGAGAAUGAACUGCAAAAAGUGGGAGAUAUUAUAGAAAAGCGAGAGACAACUACAAGCUCGACUUCUACUACACCGAGUUCAGUCUUAAAUCGAGAUAUCGUUUUAAAGAACAUUACUGAAAUUGAUCAAAAUAGACUACCCUGGAAGCCUGUUUUCUCUUCGUCAUUUGGUUCAGAAGGUGAAAUUAAAGACAAAACCACAGAAUCUAUAUCAGAAAGAGUACCUGCUGAAAGCAAUAUAUCUUUACAAAAUAGCGAAGAACCUGCUACCACUGAGACAAUCAUUUCGAAUGAAGAAACAACAGCAAGGGCAGAGAUAGCUGAAUCACAGUCUUCCUGGGUUGCAUCGACAGUCAAUCUUGAACAAUCUUCAAGCGAUGAAUCUGAAGUAACCUCCCAAGAUACAAUUCCACCAGUUGAUCCUACUAAAGCAACUGGAUUUGAGUCAAUUACGAAAUUACCUUCAGAUAUUACAACUCCUUCCGAUGAUAUAAUUGAUAGCUCUGAUGAAAAGAAUGAAAUAGUUAAAGCUACUACAAAAAUGCCAAUAACUGAUUAUGAAAUAACAACAAUAAGAUUUUCAUAUGUACCCACGGAACCAACCAUAGAAGUUACAGAAACGGAAGCUCCUACCACUGAUUGGCAUUAUGCUGGCCCAAUGCGAACAAGACCCACAACCACAAUACAAGACGCUCCAAUAACUACUUAUAGGCCGAAAUAUUAUACUACAACUAAUGCAAUUGAAGAAAGUACUACUAUAGAAGAUACAACGCCACAGAAUGAAGUAUCUUCUCAAAUCAUGGAAAAGACAACAAAUAAAGAACCAACAACAACAGAAUCAGUUACAACAGAUAUAAUGACUGAGACUCCUACAGCUGAAACACAAUCCAUUGAAACAACUACUGAACCUGCAACCACUGAAACUGAAAAAACCACCACUCCAGAAACAACAACAGAAAUGGAAACAACAACGAUAGUAGUGACUGUUGCAACGGAGAUUAAUACUGAAAUAGCUACAGUUAUGACGGAAGCUCCUUCUACUGUAACUCAAACAGAAACUGUACCAAUUACCAGUUCCGAGGAAAACAUAGAUUUUAAUGAAGUGGUAACUCAAGAAGCAAAGCCGGCAACAACAGAAGCAACAACAAUUACAACAACAACCGAAAAAGAGUUGGAAAAAGAAACAACGCUAUUCACAACAACCGAAACUGUUACACAACAGAAUGGUCAUUUUGUGCACACAGAUACAACAGAAGACGAAGAAUCUGUUGAAACUACAACAGAGGCAGUAACAAAGGAUGAGGAUGAUGAAUCAACCACGUAUGCGGGAGAGAUAACAACAGAAGCGUCUUCUAGAGUACUGGAUGAUGCAGUGACAGGAUCUGGGGCGGGGAUUGCGAUUGCUGUGAGCACUAUUGGUGUUAUAGCCCUUAUUCUACUCAUUGGACUUCUGCUAGUAGUCCGUCGUCGCGGCCGUCGCGGCGUGUACGCACAGCGCUGCACACCCGUCUCCCUCGACGCUUAUAGCCUGGACAGCGUCAGCGUCGGCCAUCGCAAGGGCAACCAGAGAUUGCGCGCCAGCAAGCGGAGCUAUGGCAACCCGGCGUAUGAUGAUGAGGUGACAUCACACCCCAUGAACUACGCAGCAUUAGCCAACUUUGCCCUGGACAUUGACUCCAUAACAGCCGAGUUCACAGAGAUCCCCACAGUGACAGUACGACCAGAGGAAGUACCACCAGGGUGUGAAGAUAAGAACCGCUAUUCUAAUGUUCUGCCGCUCCCGGAGACCAGGGUUCCCUUGAAGAGGAUUGGUGGUGAUCCCACAACGGAGUAUAUUAACGCUAAUUAUGUUACUGGUCCAGGAAACAUCAGGAACUACUACAUAGCGUGCCAGGCGCCUCUCUCCAACACUGUGGUGGACUUCUGGCGCAUGAUGUGGGAACAGAACUCUAGGCUCAUUGUCAUGCUUACGGAGUAUUUGGAGAAUGGAGUUGAGAAAUGUUACGAGUACCUCCCACCAUCCGAAAUAUCGGAUAAUAGACGCACCUUCGGAGAAUUCCAGAUCAUCUUAAAGAAACGUGAACAACGAGACAGAUACGCUAUUUCCAGCGUUCAAUUAAUUAAUUUGUCCACAAGAACUUGGAGGGAAAUAACACAUUUAUGGUACUUCUGGCCAGCGAAGGGAGUGCCUGAAGAUUACGAAUCGGUGAUCGAUUUCCUCUCAGAAAUGAGGAGCUAUAUGAAGAUAUCGCAGACAGCCAAAGAGUAUGAUGAGGAAGGUUUAGAAGUAAUCUACGAAGAUCAAAACCGUUCGUCCUACAACAACUUGUCCAAACUAAGAAGUGACGACGCGUCCGGCAAUGGAGUCAACGUGUACUCUCCAGCCAAAGCAGAGGAACUGCUGCGACGAGGGUACUCCACCAAUGGUACUUUGGGCAAGAUGAAGGUCGCUUCAGAGGUGGAAGGCGUCCGACCAUGCGUAGUAGUAUGCGCAUCAGGCGCGGGUCGGUCCGCUGCGCUGAUCGCCGCUGACAUCUGCUCGCGUGCGCUGGCCGCGGGCGCCGCGGACCUGCCGCGCACAGUACGAGCGUUGCGCACGCAGCGCCCGCACUCUAUAUCCAAUAGACAUCAUUAUAUCUUUCUUUAUAGGCUUCUCAGUGAAUAUGGUAACCGGCUGAUGGGCGGCGGAGUGGAUACAAUAUAAAGAUAGACUGAAUUGAAAAUUAGAAAGAAUUCUUGAAGACAGCUUGGGCGUUGAUGAGAUUAUUGAUUAAGACAUAAAUCAUUUUUUUUUGUGAAACAUAAAAACCUGCCUCACAUUCGCGUAAAACAUUAAAGUUUUGACUUGCCAAUUUAUUUUUGUGACGAUUAUUUUUAUUAAAUUUCAAAAAAUGGCGCGAUUGUAUUUUUUUACUGGUUAAAUUAGGUUUUAUUUCUGAGCCAAAAUUUAUUUUACUCACCUCAAGAGUACCUACUAUUGAGAUCAUAAAUCAUCUUAGUAAAUCAUGCUGCUUAUUAUAAUGACGUCAUCGUCUGCAUAUUUUGUGCGAGGGAGAUAACGCUAUGUCCAUUGUAUAUUGCGUCUCUCUCUUGGAGUUCAAUUCAUAGAACUACUAAUGUGAUUUCAUUCAACAGCAGUUGAUAUGUUUGCAGCAAAAAGAACUUUAUUACAAUAGCGGAAAGUAGAGUAUCAUUUGAAAAGGUUUAUAGGAUUAAAAUGAUAGUAAAUAUUUAUGUCUUUAUUAUUUGUAUUAUCUAAACGCACAAUUGGAACGUACCAAAGUUUGUAAAUAAGAUCUCGAAACAUUUCACUAAAAAUAUAGUAUAUGAUUAUUGGUUUCGAAUUAUUUCGCGGGCUUCUAAUUAUAUUGAAAUUAUUUGGAGAAAGUCACACACAAAAUAUGUUUGAGGUAAGAAUCUCAUAAAUUAAAUACUUAUUUAGUAUACAUGCUUACGUGAACGAUUAAAUAUGUAGUUUUUUUCAACGGGAAAUUUAAAAAAAAAUGUUUUUUCCCUCCUAUAAGCAUGAUAAUAUCACAAAAAAUAUUAUCUACUAUAAAAAAUAAUAAAUGUAAGUAAAUUUUUUUGACACAUUGAUUAUAUUUUGGUUUGAAUAUUAUGUCUUGUGUGUGACUUUCCUCAUAAAUAGAGCCUUUAGCUUUAAGUUCUCUAAAAGUAUUGUUGAAACAUGAAGUAGGAUUUUGAUAAAAAUUUCGUUAUUAUAAUAGAAAUGCAAAAUAUUUAAUAUUUUAUUCCAUUUAAGCUUAGGUUAAGUUCGAUAUAAUACAUGUAUAUAAUUAUUUUUAUUUGUUAAAUUCCAACGAACAAUUUUAUUUUGUUAAUUAUGGCUAGUCUUAAGAAUUUAUUGUUAUUCGCUUUAUUCAAACAAUGUUUGUUACCUUUAUUAUUUUUAAUGCUAUAAUAAAAAUUAUUAUAUUUUUAAGGUAGUCAAUAGAUUUGAUUCACAUAGUUACAUUUUCAAAAUUAUGUAAUUCCAUGGCAAAUUUUGACAAACUUUUUUUUUGGGUUAUUUUUUCAUUUUGAUGAACUCAAAAUAACAUAUUUCUGAAUACAUGACAAUUUUAUUUUUAGCUAUGAUAAUAUUAUUCUUAUAGCGUUCUUGCUGUGAUUUAUACUAACAAAAAUCAAAAUAAACGAUUAAUUUAGAAUACAUUUUUUUCAAUAGACAAUACAAUAAAAAUUCCAAGGAUUAUGGAUUAUAUGUCUUCAGACUUCCAAACGACCCUCUGCUAAGUAAUAAAUAAUAAUGUACCUAAUCUUAAAAUUGUAUCACAUAAUUUUAAAUUAAUCGUUUAUUUUCGAAAACUAACACUAGAUAAAUUUUAUUUUAAUCCCGAUAAAUGAAAAAUACUCGGUCGAUGGUUUUAUUUCAAAUUAUUAAGUUGUCUAAAAACUUUCAAGCCGUCCAUAAAAUUAAAAAAAAUAGAUUGAUUCUUUAUUUAAAUUUUAUGUUCUGGAACACUCGACUUUGAGCCUGUAUGACGUCAUGAUUUGUCUGUCGACAAUUAGUGUUAUGGCAAGUCAUGUCGUCAUUAAUCUUUGUAGGGCUUUUUGAAUUUCAUCGUCAUUAUUAUUAAUUCGCUCAUACAAUAAUUAUGACAAUAUUACCUAUACCUACUGUAUUAUUCAAGUCUAUUUAAAAUUUUAUUCUUCUGUGGAAAUUGCAAAUGGGCGGUUGCUUAAUUCGAAUUCUAUAGCAUUUUAAAAUAGAAGGUUACACACUAUUUUUCUGUGUUUUUAGAAUGCGACGUUCGUAAACCAAAAAUAAAGUAAAAUUUUAUAAACAUCCUACGAUUAGAAUAAGUACACAGUUUGUAAAGCAUAAUAAAUUUUAAUUAGAAUUUA